CCGUGCUGGAGCUGCCCCGCUCGCCGCGGUUGGUGUGCGUGGAGUACCCGGGGCUGGUGCGGGACGUCGGGGCCAUGCUGCGGACGCUGGGAGGAGAGCAGGGGGUGUCGCGGAUCUAUGCGGACCCUGCCAAAAGGCUGGAGCUGUAUUUCCGCCCCAAGGACCCUUACUGCCAUCCCGUGUGUGCCAAUCGCUUCCCCACCUCCACCAUGCUGCUCAAGGUGAAGAGGAGGACCAAGAAAAAGCAGCUGGACACCGAAGAACAAAUCCAGCCAGAAGUCCAGUUUGAAAUGGAAAUUCUUGGGACUGUCACCACCGUUUACAAAUUUCAAGGAAUGUCUGAUUUCCAGUACCUGGCAAUGCACUCUGGUCCUGAUGGCAAACAAACCUCCAUGUAUGACAAAGUCCUAAUGCUCAAACCAGAGAAGGAAGAUUUUUUCAAUAAAGAAUUACCUCUCUACAUCCCGCCACCGAUUUUCUCACGUCUGGACACUCCUGUUGACUAUUUUUAUCGGCCGGAUGUACAGCACCGGGAGGGGUACAACAAUCCCCAGGUGUCUGGAGAGAACCUGAUUGGCCUCAGCAGGGCCCGUCGCCCGCACAACGCUAUCUUUGUGAACUUUGAUGAUGAGGAAAUCCCAACUAAACCCCUGGAUGCUGCUGUACAGACCUGGAAGAAAGUGUGCACCAAUCCUGUGGAUAAAAAAGUGGAGGAAGAGCUGAGAAAGCUCUUUGAAGUUCGUCCUGUCUGGUCUCGGAAUGCAGUGAAAGCCAAUAUCAGUGUCCACCCUGACAAGCUGAAACUUCUGUUGCCGUAUUUGGCCUAUUACAUGUUAACAGGUCCUUGGAGAAGCUUAUGGGUUAGGUUUGGGUAUGACCCCAGGAAACACCCUGAAGCAAAGAUUUAUCAAGUACUGGACUUCCGAAUUCGCUGUGGAAUGAAAUAUGGUUACGCCCCUAACGAUAUGCCUGUGAAAGCAAAACGCAGCACGUAUAACUACAGUCUGCCCAUCACUGUCAAGAAGCCAGUAAGUCAUACAAUCAGUGUACAUGAUCUGAAACAGGGGCUUGGUACGUCUGGUACAUCCGGUGCAAAAAAGCCUGCCUCCAGCAGGUAUAAACUGAAGGAAUCCAUCUAUGUUUUCCGAGAAGGAGCCUUACCCCCUUAUCGGCAGAUGUUCUACCAGCUCUGUGACUUGAAUGUGGAAAGCCUACAGAAAAUCAUCCGUCGGAAUGACGGCACAGAGUCAGAAUGCACAGAGCGGGAUGGGUGGUGCCUUCCAAAGACUAGUGAUGAUCUGCGAGAUACCAUGUCUCUGAUGAUAAAGCAGAUAAUCAGAUCCACAAGACCUGCUCUUUUCUCAAGUACAACAAGCAGUGAAGAUGGCAAAGAGCAGCUGGCAUAUGAGUCUGGAGAGGAUGAGGAUGAUGAAGAGGAAGAGGAAGAGGACUUCAAGCCUUCUGAUGGGAGUGAAAAUGAAAUGGAGACAGAAAUUCUGGACUAUGUGUGAACUCGGUGAGCAGCCUGGCUGCUG